AUCGAUAGCGACGCCUGUGCAGUGAGCGAGCCCGAGCCACGAUCGACGACCGUAGAGCCCAGGGGAAACAAUCGCGUCGUCUCUUCGACGUAGCUCGCGCUCGACGCUCGUGCGCGAGAGAACAGCGAGCGUCGUCGGCAGUGGUUGUUGUUCCCUUUCACGUGCUCCAGCCUCUUUCACGUGAUCCCGUGGCUCGCAAUCUCCUUCGCGUUCCUGGCCGAGGGGGGAGACCUUCUUCUCGCCCGGCUCCUGGCUGACGGAGCCACGCAGCCGGCUGACAGACACGCCGUUUCGCGACGGCGGCAUCCUCGGCACGGCGAAACGCGCCGUCAUGUGGCUGACAGUGCAAGAUACAUUAGGUGCGCCGAGAGUGGUGAAUAUUCGUGCGUAUUUAUAGAGCUGCACCGGUUCUUUACUUCGUUAUCGGGGCCUCCCAUCGUCGACGACGAGUUCGCCGACGACGCGCUCUUCGUGAUCGCGAAUUGAUGAAAAUUAAUUCCGAAAGGAAAGCGCAAUUUCAGGCGCAGUUGAUAGAAAUUGGCUGAACGCACGUAUUGUCUGUAUAGUCCCGAUUUAAUUAACGCAGCUCGUAACGCGUAGUUGCGCGAUAAUAACAGUUAGUUUUCAUGAUUAUACCUAGUAUCUACAAAGAAUCACGGAUGCAAGACAAGUAUAGGUUGUUACUCUGAAAACGGAGAAGAAACGUUGGACAUUCGGCAUGACGUAAACUGGCUACAACUGACUACCGCGAAAGAAAUUGGAACGGCCAAGGCGCCGUGCGACAGAAAGGAAGAUUAAACACAUAAGAUAGUAAUACGGACAUCGAGUGCAAAAUGUCUGAAAACGAGACGAAAUCGGCUUCGCCGAUACCCACGGUUUUGUGCGCGCAAUGCUGCGACGGUGACAGUGGCGGCGGCGGAGGUGGUGCCCCGGCGACCAUACAAUGCCCUGCCCUGCAGGUCACAUCGCGGAUGCUGCGCUCGCCGAGUCACGAGAGCGUCACCACCGACCUGUCGCUCUUCAGCGUGUCGUCGAUCGCCAGCGAUCUGCGCAGCGCCAACAGGUUGGUGACUUUCAAGUCCUACAGCGACGCGCAGCUCACUGGACGGGGACCUUCACCGAAACCGGACUCUCGGCAGAUUCAGGGUAACAGGCCUGCGGACAUUCCAGAGAUUUUAUGGUUCGAGGAGGAGAACGAGCUGAUCCGCAGCUGCGGCGUUCUGUCGUCGGCAUUGGGAUUGCGCAAGAGCUUUAGUACGAGCGAUGUGUCGCAGCUUCCUAGCCCGGACCAGACCGCGGCCGGUGGCCUACGAACAGCCGUAUCCGCACUCGCCCUCGACACUGCCCAGCGCAACACCCUGCUGCUGGAGCACGCCAGGCUCGAUCAUGCCUCGAGGUCCUGCAGCACCUGGGUCGCCGUGGGCGAGCCCGUGGCCAGCACGUCCCAGCUUCCUAGCCCGCACGGAGGAACCGCGCAAGAGCAGCCUCAGCAGCAGUCGCAGUUGCAGUCGCAACAGCAGCUCCAAACGCAGCCAUCCUCUAACGCUCAAUCGGUGCCACAACUACCGCCGCAACCACCGGCACCACCGCCACCACCUGUGCCCUUCACCGGAGCGGACCUCGUCAGGUCCGUCAAUAAGAAAGUCCGACAGAAUUACAUACGACGCAGGCUACUGACCACGUAUCGCGCUUUGGAGCGCCUCUCGCAGAGCGAAUUUAAUCUAGACCAGCUAGAAGCGGCGGCUACGGCGGCGCAAAGCUCCCACGGAGCUACCUUGCUGGUACCCGGGACGGCCGUGGGAGUUCCUGGUGCUUCCUUGAUCGGGCGGAAAGAGCGGAAUCACGCACUGACAGUGCGGGACGUCGAGAGGGAACGUGGAAAUCAGCUGUCCAAGUACGAAAGGAACAUGAUGAUUUUUAAUUGGCUCCACACUUUGGAUGACAGCGCGGUUGUAGACAGCAUCGAGUAAGGAACAAGGAGACCUCUCCAGCAUCUCUCCAGCGACUCCGAUAACGUGCGACCUAUCGUGCCUAAAUGUCUCUUCCUCCUCGACACUACGAGGACGCUUCGUUGACACUAUAUUGUCGCAUCUCGGAGAAUACCGCUAAAUAUGUAAGACUUCAGUCUUGUUGUUGGUUAUAUUGAAUUAUGACGUCUAAAACUGAGAAAUGUGUGAAUUUUCCUUUUGCGUUAUUCAGCAAAAUAAAUUUGUUUUUUUUAUGCUCCACUCUCAUUUGAUAAAAUAGAAUAAAUGCGUUAAAUAGUCCUCUCUUGGUUCUUCUUCAUUAACUCUCGCCUAGCGGAUGCCGGGUUUAUUCAGGUUAAUUUCUCCAACCAGGUCAACCAUCAAAAAGUUAGAUGUUGUUUAUUUUACUCUUUCCUUGUGUUUAAAUAUUACGGAAUGCACUUUAAGCGAACGGAAGAAAGAUAAUGAGCUGAUAUUCAACUGGAAUAAAUAAUCGGCAAAAAUUAAUAAAUGAUUAUGUAAUUUAUACGUUCCCUAUGUUGAUGAAACAUUACCUUAUUUUAACAAAAAUAAGCUUCAUACUUAAGAUUAGGAUUUACAACUAUUCUAUUCUAUAAAUUGAAAAGAAAAUGCGGCAUAUCUUAUAAGCUUAUUUUAUUGAAUACACAAAUGGAAACAUGUAAAAAGACUAAUUUAUUUCAAUGUACAUUGCGAGAAUAAAUCGCUUCUACGAAUGUGAUGUAUAGUGUGAUUUCGUAUCGUAAACGUGAUCUUUCAUGUAUGAUGUCAUAAUCCAAUAUGGCUACAAUAAUGAACCAGGAGCUAUAAACUAAAUAGCUAACGCAAGGCAUCCGUCCCCUCUCGUCUAGCGACACCGAUUGGCGUCGCUUUAACGAGCGUCUCCGAAGCAUUUCGUAAUAAAGGAAAAAUCCAGUUUUAUUGACUACAUACAAAGUGCAUAUGCACGCAAAGAGUAUGAGCCUUAUAGCGAAUUCAGUCGCUUGAUUAUUCCACACUAACGUACACUAAAGGCACAUUACGUAACAAAGGCUAUUUAUCUAACAAGGACACAUAUAUGGAUAUGUGAUAGAUCAAAAUGUAAGAGAACGUCCUGUUCUCUUAGAGAUGCCUUUUACGCAUAUCAAGAGGAUUACAUACUUCUUUGAAAAAGAUCAAUUUUUAUGUUUCCAAGUGUAUAUUGUUGAAAUCUGAAAGCUGACAAUUUUCAAAGAGGUCUAACAUGCGUAAAAAAUAUGAAAAGAUAUUUUAAACAAAAGUUUUGUAAUUUUAAAGACAUUUUUUACAGAUAUAUUCAAAUUUUUUGAAAAUAUAUCUUUCAAAAUAUUCCACUGUACAUUACUGUUUUGGAAAUUAAAAAAAUUUUUAUGAUAAAAUUAAAACUUAUUUAGAAAUAAAAUCAGUCACAAAAGAUUUUAGAAGCUUGUAACAUUUUUAGAAAUUAAAUGUUGAGAGAAAUUGACGAGAUACUUUUCUUCGCAAGUUCAAACACAUAACGUAAAUGUAUUUUGACCGACAAGAUAUUAUGUAGUAGAAUAUAUGUUGGAUAUUUCUUCGGUUAAAAUGCUAUGUUUUGUUAUUGCACUUAUAUCUCAGUCUUUAUAAUGUGCAUGAGUGUGGAAUAGUGAAGGCAAAAUUAAUUAUUAAACAGAAAUUGAAGAACUUGAAAAUAUCACAAAGUGCAGUACGAGGAGUAUACAUAUUAAUAAAAAGAAAUUGAAGAACUUGAAAAUAUCACUAAAUGCAGUACAAGGAGUAUACAUUUGUGCAUAUACCUUGACACUUUAGUGAUCAGCUGAUUAUGGAAACUUUUUAUCUGUAUUUUAUCCAAUUUAUUGGUUAAAAUAAAGAAAUGACAUUUUGAGAUUACAAAUAUUUCUAUAAUCUAACGAUAACAUGAUUAUGGUAUUUUUAUGCGAGAUGGAACCUCUUCGUAGAAUUUCUCUACAAGUAUUCUACUCCGCAAGUAUUCUACAGUAUUCGCAAAUUCAGUUUGCCAAGAGAUUUAAUAUAAUAUGGAUUUAGAGACUAAUUUUAAAAUAAUAAUUAAUAAUUUAAGUUCAAUAAUACCAUAGCAAAGUUUUCAUAAAAAAACAAUGUAGAAGCAAGAGAUUGUACAUCUUGUGUUAAGUACUUAGAUACAUAUCGAUAGGAAGAUUUCAAUCAACAGAAUGGAAGUGUAUCGAGAGAUACCAAACUGUUGAUUAGAGCAAAAGAAAUUUUAAUAAUUGUAGACUGAGAACUUUACAUUUUGCAUUUCCAAUUUGCAAUUAUCAUGAAUGAUAUCCGAAAUCGAAAACGAAAUUGUGUGUAAAGAGAAAGAAAAAGAACGAUGCGAAACGCAAUCCAAAGAGCCCUCUACUUGUGAAUAUGAACGAUGAUAUAUUAGGCGAGAUUUAGAGUACUAGGACUUUUGUGAUUGUAUAUCCAGUAUGAAGAACUAAUCGUAUGAAAUUCCGUUUAUUCUGAACUGUAAACGAGUUUUUUUAAUUCAUCGAUUGCAUUAUGUGUCAAUCGCAUUAUGCGCGAAUGUAAUUUUGCUCUGUAAAAGCUUCAUUUGCUCGUAAUGCGAUUGAUCAAUCGAUGGAUUAGACAAACUUGUCUUCUCUGUAUGAGGAACUUGUUGGUGUUGGGAUAAAAUGUUAUUUGGAGUAUACAUGCUUAAAAAUAUUUAAUUCUGCGCGUGUUCCUUAUGAAAGUCUUAAUUGUUCAGCGUAAACAGAAAAUCCGGUACAAUUAUACUUCCUGCCUGACUAAUUAAUGACAGAUUUACAUCAGUAUUAUGCGCCGCAACCGGAGAAAGUGUUUUUGGAAUGGUAAAUGGAUGUGUGAUCACAAUUAAUGUGCUUUUAUGUAUAUUAAAUGUUUCCCCUCUUCCAAAUGUAAUAUUCGCGAAUUAUCGUGAUAUUAUCUGGAGCAGAGAGUAACAAAUAUAAGGUUUAUUGAAUAUUCUCAAUAUUUAUACAUGUAAAGACCUUGUCUUUAUAAAAUUAAAAGAGAGAAAAUAGAUAAGAAAUAUAAAAUUAAGAAAAAA